AUGAAACGAACAAUAUUGUUGAUACUGUUGGUUCUAUAUAUUAAUCAAUGUCUCAGUCAAAAAGGUUUUCCGAAACAAUUUCAAGCAACAAUAAAUAUAACUGGAUUACAGUCAUGGGAUACAUCAUUGGGCGUUCAAAAAUUAUUGUAUGAUUAUGAAAAUUUAAGAGCACGUAUUGAUAUUAAAGGGUGGCGAGCACAACAAAAGCAAGUUUACAUGAUUAAAUACAAGCCUGAAGGUGCCGAACCAGAUUCCCCAGCUUCGCAGGGCUAUACAUUGUUCAAUUUCAAUCCUGAUUAUCCAGAAUUGACUAAAAAUGAUUGUUGGUACAGAACAGAUCCAAUGGGUGAUACGGGUCCAUUUCCAUGGAUCUGGUUUCAUGAUUCAAAAUAUGUCAUACCAGAAAUUCAACUAAAUGCAACAAGAUAUGAUUCACCGGAAAUAUGUGAUUUAAUACGAUCUGAUAUUGGUAAAGUUCCAUGUUUAAGCUAUUUUGAAACAAAAGAUAGACCAGUUAAAACUAUUCAUGCACGUGCUGCCGUAGGUGGUUAUGAUAGUGAUGAAUAUACAAGUACGUUUUAUUUAACAUUUAUUCAUGGUAUCUCGCCAGAAGCAGAAAAUUUAUUUGAUUUACCAAAUCAAUGGCCCUCUUAUUGUGGCAAUGCAAAUACAGGUUUUAAUGUAGAUCCUAUACAUGGAUUUGUAGUAACUCCCGAUGGUCAAGAUCAUUUUUCAUUGAAAUUAAACACACCACCAAUUCGCUCACUUGGUAAUCAAGUGACAGUUGAGUUUAAAGUACAACCAAAUUGGUAUUACAAUGGUACACGAUGUGCUCAAUUUAAUUCAAUUAUUUUUGAUAAAGAAAAUUGGAACAAACCACAACAAGUUGAUAUGUCUUUUGGUGAUUAUGGUUGUUGCACAUAUGCAAUUACUGCAAAUGGUGGUAGAUAUGAAUGGCAAUAUCAAGUACAAACAUUUGUUGUUUAUGCAUGUGAUGGACAAGCUGGAUAUGGCUGCAAAGGCAAAGAACCAUGUGGAGCCUAA